UUCGCUCUCUAAGAUGGAAUGGAAAAGAGGUCCUAUAAUCGGCCGGGGAUAUUACGCCGCCGUAUACGUUGCCACCACCACCACCGGAGAUCUUUUUGCCUGCAAAUCCACAGAGCUUUCCGCCUCUGGUUUCCUACAGAAAGAACAACACUUUCUUUCUAAAUUAACCUCAAAAAACAUAAUCCAGUACAUGGGUUUUGAUGUCGAUUAUCAUAACAACAAACCCACAUAUAAUCUGUUCAUGGAGUAUGCCGCCGGCGGCACCAUUUCCGAUGUGAUCAAGUCGCAAGGAGGAUCGCUUGAUGAGUCGCUGAUCCGGUCUUAUACUCAUCAGAUUCUUCUCGGAUUAGAUUAUCUUCACUUCAAUAACAUUGCGCAUUGCGAUAUCAAAUGCCAGAAUUUGUUAAUUUGCAAAGAUGGUGUCAAGAUCGGCGAUUUGGGUUGUGCGAAACUGGUGGAAAACGGCGGAGCCACCACUUCUCAGUUUUCCGGUACACCGGUUUUCAUGGCGCCGGAGGUAGCACGAGGUGACGAACAGGGGUUUCCAGCUGAUGUAUGGGCUCUUGGGUGUGCAAUAAUCGAAAUGGCAACCGGGUCAAACCCGUGGCCGGAGAUAACCGACCCGGUUUCCGCUUUGUACAAAAUUGGAUAUUCCAAUGACUUACCGGAGAUUCCCAAAUGGCUGCCGGAGGACGGCAAAGACUUCUUGGCGAAGUGUUUGAACAUAGAUGCUAAAAAGAGAUGGACAACAAAAGAACUCCUUCAACACCCAUUUGUGUGUAAUUCGGAUUCGGGUUUCGAAACAAGAAAGUCUCCGACGAGUAUAUUGGAUCACGGUUUCUGGGAAUCUUUAUCGGUGACGGAACCUUCGCCUGCGACCCAGAUGGAGAAUUUCUCCGGCGAGUCUCCUGCGGAGAGGAUAAACCAAUUGGUUGAAGCUACUCCAAGUUUUCCCAAUUGGGACGACGAAGAUUGGAUUACGGUUCGAAGUAAUCCGAUUAACGAAACGGAGGUUCGCGAUGGCGGUUUCGAUCGUUCGGAUUCGUUUCGUUUUUUGAAUUUGAAUUUGGAAGAACAAGAACAACGAGAGGUUGAAAGCUUAGUUAGAGAUGAAGAUAUUGAGGUCUUGGAGCAUUCGAUUGUAUCAAGAUUUCUUGAUUUUGAUCAUUUAAUUUACCAUAAAUUUUUUGAAAUAAAAGACUCGAAUCAUUUGUUAUGUUUUUAA